CUUACCUCCCUCCCUCCCUUCCUCUCUUUCUUCCUCUCUCUGUCUGUCUCUCCCUCUUCACUCCACAGCGACAGCAGCACUCACCAACACACCACAACACACCACCGCUGUCACUGGCACGCUAACACACACACACAUAUUCACACACACACACACACACACACACACACACACACACACACUGAGAGGCAUCCUCAACACAGACCGAGACGCCCUUGGACUGCUGCAGGCGAGGAUGAGGGUGUGGUCAUGGGAACAGUGUGGGGAGACGGUCGUGGUCCUGCUGGGCUUCCUGACGCUGGCAGUGUCUGUGGGGAACCUGUCCACCAGGGGGCUGCAGGAGGACGGCGUGGCGUCCAACAGUCUGGAGGAGGAGCUGGAGGUGACCACGUACUGGUGGGGGGAGUGGGCCAAGUGGACAGCCUGCACUCGUACCUGUGGAGGGGGAGUGAUGUCACAGGAGAGACACUGCCUCAAACAGAGAAAGAAAGUUGCUGCUGGGAAAGACAACAUGACCUGUACAGGAACUGCUAAGAAAUAUCAUCUCUGCAACACUAAAGAAUGCCCUGCCACUGGGAGGAGCUUCAGAGAGGAGCAGUGCUGGUCCUUCAACUCCCAGCUUUAUAAUGGGAGGAACUACCAGUGGAAACCUCUGUAUCCUGACGACUACGUUCACAUCUCCAGUAACCCCUGCGACCUCCACUGCACCACGACCGACGGCCAGAGGCAGCUGAUGGUGACAGCACGAGACGGCACUUCAUGCAAGUACAGCAGUUACCGCGGCGUCUGCGUGGACGGUAAGUGUGAGCCAAUCGGAUGUGACGGAGUACUGUUUUCCUCCAACACCUUGGAUAAGUGUGGGGUCUGUCAGGGGGACGGCAGCAGCUGCAGCAGAGUCACCGGAAACUUCCGCCGUGGAGCCAUGACUCUGGGUUACUCUUUUAUCACUCAAAUCCCUGAAGGAUCAUGGGACAUCCAGAUCAUUGAGAGGAAGAAGUCGGCCGAUGUUCUCGCUGUGACUGACCAGGCAGGCAACUUCUUCUUUAAUGGGGCUUACAAGGUGGAUAGUCCCCAGAAUUUCCACGCAGCAGGAACCGUUUUCAAGUACCGCCGGCCCAUGGAUGUCUACGAGACCGGGAUCGAGUACAUUGUCGCCAAAGGCCCCAUAGACCAAGCCAUCAAUAUUCUGGUGUGGAACCAGAACGGUCGCACACCCUACAUCACUUACGAAUACACUGUCCUCCGAGACUCCCUGCCACCUGUCCCACCUCCUCCUGUCUACACUGGAUCAGACACCUCAGCCGGAGAGGUCUCUGUGGAGGUGGGUGGUCUGUUGCCCCCUAACAGCAGUAUUUAUGACCAGACAGCCCCUAAGGGCCAAUUAGAGCCAGGAGGUGCCGAGGUGCAGAAGGGCCAAGAGACCAACGAGGUGUACGAGGAGACAGCGGCCAUCGACUGCGAUCAGGAUGGGGCAGCUGCCCCAAAACUUACAGAAGGAAACAGCAACCAUACAGACAGCACUGCCAACCCUGCCCCUGCUGGUGCCCUGGAUACAGGGCCAGACUCUCCAAACCUCAUCUGGAGGGUCCUGCUGGAUGGACGAAUUGACCCAGAUGAGCUGCUCAUCAACAUCUCAACCAAUCAGCUGCUGACAGAGGGAGACAGUUUGUUCUCGUCAGAGGUGGGACCAGUAGAGGUGGACCUGAGCAGCCUGGAGCAAGACGGGCCGUUUGGUCUCAACGAGACGCUGGAGUUGACUCUGGGUCGCAAACGCAACGACAGUGGAGACAGUUCCUACCAGAACAAAACAGUGCAGAGUGGUGGGAGGACCUCCAGCCGCUCCAACAGAACCAGGGGGAAUCAAAGGAUCAACCAGAAGAACCUGAAGCUGAGUGCUGCUGACAUGUACCGCUGGAAACUUUCCUCUCAGGAGCCCUGCAGCAUGACCUGCUCUAUAGGAGUGUCAAAGUCCUUCGUCACAUGUAUUCGUUAUGACGGCAUCGAGGUGCACGAUAUGUACUGUGAUGCUCUGACCAGACCGGAGCCGGUCCACGACUUCUGUAUUGGGAGAGAAUGUCAGCCCAGAUGGGAAGCGAGCAGCUGGAGCGAGUGCUCAAGGACCUGUGGGGAGGGUUUCCAGUUUCGUCAAGUUCGCUGUUGGAAGAUGCUCUCGCCGGGCCUGGACAGCUCGGUCUACAGUGACCUCUGCACCAUGGCCGACCUGGAGAGACCCGUGGAGAGACGGCCCUGCAAGAGCCCCGCCUGCGGCCCGCAGUGGGAGGUGGCCGAGUGGACCGAGUGUCCUGCUAAAUGUGGCCGCAAAGCCCAGGUGAGCCGCGACGUCCGCUGCUCUGAUGAGACCAGACCAUGUGACGCGAUGACCAAACCGCCAAACAUCAAAAACUGCACCGGUCCGCCCUGUGAACGCCACUGGACUGUGUCCGAGUGGGGACCUUGCUCAGGGUCAUGCGGCCAGGGGAAGAUGGUGCGUCAUGUGUACUGUAAGGCUCCGGAGGGUCGCGUGGUUCCUGAGAACCAGUGCUCUGCAGAGAACAAGCCGCUGGCCACCCACCCCUGUGGGGAGAGAGACUGUGCUCCACACUGGCUGAGCCAAGACUGGGAGAGGUGUAACACGACCUGUGGUCGUGGCGUGAAGCGAAGGAUGGUCCUGUGUGUCGGCAUCAGUGGAGGAAAGUUCCAGAUCUUUGAUGAAGAGGCGUGUGGAGGCAGCGAGAAGCCUGAGGAGGAAAACACCUGCUUUGAGAGGCCGUGCUUCAAAUGGUACACCACCCCCUGGUCUGAGUGCACUAAGACGUGUGGUGUGGGUGUGAGGAUGAGGGACGUGAAGUGUUACCAGGACAGGGAGCUGGUCCGAGGCUGCGACCCCCUCACCAAACCGGUGGCCAAACAGACCUGCACUCUGCAGGCCUGCCCCACUGAGCCGCCAGAUGAGAGCUGCCAGGAUCGACCCUCCACCAACUGCCUGCUGGCGCUGAAGGUCAACCUGUGCAGCCACUGGUACUACAGCAAGGCCUGCUGCCACUCCUGCCGCGCCGUACGACCUCCAACCUCCUAGUCCAGGACACCACAGCCUCUCUCCACACCGACUCUAACUCCAGCAUGAGGAAAGAAAUGGGUACGUUUGUGUACACGUGGUACUACAGUUACUGUGAACAGUGAGAGGAAGCUGAACGUCAGACUUGGAAGCGCUUAACUGUUUUUAAGAAGCAGAGCUUCCUCCGGUAACUUGGAUUUACGUGGGUUCAUUUGUCAGUUGGAAAGUUCAAAUGAUCUUAAAUGAAAUCUGGUCUGUCCUGUUGAUGCUACAUCAACUGUGAUGUUCAAACACAAAACAGAAACACGUUUGUCAUUCUCGGUUUGCUCUUUUCUUUCUUUUCCAAUCACAGAUGCUAAUGUAAAAUAGAAAAAGAAUUGGGCAAAAAGCAAUGUUUAUUUUGAGGGGAACUUCUCUCCUACUCAAAGUUUUGAUUAGUUACUUCUUCUUCACAGUGCGUAGGGGUCUUUAGUAAAACACCUGCAGCAGCCUUUCGCCUCGAGACCUCUGAAACAGCUCAAAACAGAUUCAGGAAACAUACAGGACUGUUUUUUUUUUCUUGUCCCAAGAAAUCUUUUCCUGACCAUCUCCAAUAUUAUCUCAAGACCUCAUGCGGGUCUUGAGUCCCACAGCUGCCCCUCCCCUCACUCCUUCACACAGUAUAACAUGAUUAACUAAAACAACAGACAGUUAAUGUGCCUCAUCAUCAUUAAACUGUAUCUCAACCAUGAAGCCAGUUUCUAUCAGCUGUUAUUGAUUAUUUAUCUUCCUCUAACAACAUGUGGAGUUGGAGACAAAGUGGAGUCGACACUCAAAUGGUCUUACAGACCUCCAUCAUCAGUUAGCAGCUUGCUCUUGUGUUCAUCGCUGCAAUGAAAAGAUGUAUUAAAUUAUUUCUCAACGGACUAUACUGCAUGACUAGAAUAUUUAAUACAGAUACGGUUUAUGAAAUAUUAUUUAAUUGUGUUUCAGUUUGGUGUCUGGCAUGUAAAAAGUUUAUAUUUCCAUUCCACCCCCUGCCGUUUGGCGCCGUGUUGGCACGCCUGCAGGAUAUGGAAGCAUAUUUAUUAGUCAUAGCACAUUUUCAUUUAUCGUGACGCUCCUGAUGCCAGCCGAUGGUUAUUCAUCUGGUCAACUGACGGCAGUUCUGGUCUGUGUGUGUGACAGAGGAGGAGAGAGUUAAUACAAACACAGAAAGCAAGAUUCCUGACACUUGAAGUAUGGUUGAAAUGUAUUCAGACGUGUACAUGUAUGUCUCAUUUUUAACUAUCGUGUACUGUGUUUUUAUAUAACUGAUACCUCUUUGUACAAAACGGAAGUAUGGAAUUUGUGUACUGUUGAUGAUAAACUGAAAACCUAAUGGUACUGACUUGUAUUUCAAUUAAACAACAGUUCAAAUGAA